GAGGUGGAGCUUGACAAUAGUGUGAUUAGAGUGACAAACCCUGCAGACAAAGAGUCACUUUAGUAUUUAAACCUCUGAACGCUGCAUCUGAACUACAUGCUGCUUCUGUGAGAAAGAUCAGGACACUGAACAUGACAACCCUAAUAGCGGCCUCCGUGCCAUUUGAGGUUCAGUUCAGAUGCUGCAUCUGUCUGGACACCUACACCGACCCCGUCUCCAUCCCAUGUGGACACAACUUUUGUCUGGACUGCAUUGAAGGCUUCUGGGAUACGAAGGACAAGUCGGAGUGUCCGCUGUGCAAAGAGACUUUCGCAAAUCGUCCUCAACUCAGGAUCAACCGAGCAUUUGCUGAGAUUGUUGAAAUCAUUAAAAGGUCUCAGUCACCCACAUCAAAACAAGAAGAGGAUGUCGACAUUCUGGCGCCACCAGGAAGAGAGAAUCAUUCCCCAAACCAGCUUUUCGAGGCUGAAGAAGUUCCCUGUGAUAUCUGCUGUGGAAACAAGUCAACAUCAGUCAAGUCAUGUCUCGUGUGCCAGGCGUCUUACUGCGAACUUCACCUUAUGCCACACCUGAGGGAUCCAGCACUGCAGAGACACCGCCUGACGGACCCGGCCACGUUCCCCAGCAGUCACCUCUGCAGGAAGCACAACAAGCCGCUGACAAUGUUCUGCAAGAGAGACCAGAUGCCCGUGUGUGUAAAAUGCACAGGGAGGGACCACAAACACCACGAGACCGUCCCCAUGGAGGAGGAGAGCAAGAGGAUCGAGACUGAUUUGAGGGAGACAAAAGCCAGCAUUCAACAGAUGAUCCACGCCAGACUGAGAAAAAUGGAGCAGAUAAAAAAUUCAGUGGAUCUAAGCAAAAAAAACACAGAGAGAGAGAUACAGAGCAGUGCUCAGGCCUGCACCAUGCUGAUAACCGCCAUUGAGAGACAAGAUGCCGGGCUGGUCGAGGAGCUCAAGGAGAAGCAGGAAGAAGCUGAGAGGAGAGCUGAGGAGCUGCUUGUCGAGCUGGAAGAGGAAAUCAACAACCUGCAGAUGAGGAACAGCGAGCUGCAGCACCUGGAGCUCACUCAGAACCCUCUUCACCUCCUACAGAGCUUCCCGUCUCUAAGUAAACUCCCCUCCACUAAAGAGUGGUCUGAGGUCGCGGUCCACUCAGAUAACUGCAUGGGGACUGUGAGGAGAGCCAUUGCUAAGCUUGUGGACAUCUGCCAGGAACUUUCAGCCAUGUUGUCUGCAGAAGAAGCAGACAAGAUGAAUCAAUAUGCAGUGGAUGUCACUCUGGAUCCCGAGACUGCUUCCGGCUGGCUGGUCCUGUCUCCAGACAGAAAGCAGGUGAGCCUCAGCAGCCAGAAGAAGGCCCCACUCGCAGACAAUCCUCAGCGAUUUGACUCCUGCGUCUGCGUUUUAGGGAAACAAAGCUUCACAUCUGGGAGACGCUACUGGGUUGUUCAGGUUGGAGAUAAAACAGACUGGGAUCUUGGCGUGGCCAGGGAGUCUAUCAACAGGAAGGGAGCCAUCACGGUGCGUCCUGACAGUGGUUACUGGGCGAUCUGCCGGCGGAAAGGUGGCAGCCUCAGCGCCUGCGCUGGCCCCUCCGUCACCCUCCAUCUCCAGGAACCCCCUCGGAAAGUGGGUGUGUUCCUGGACUACGAGGAAGGGUCGGUGUCCUUCUACGACGCAGAAGCAAAGACUCACAUUUACACUUACAGCGGGUGUACGUUCGCUGAGCCCCUCUACCCGUACUUUAACCCCUGUGUUCAAGAUAAUGGGAAGAACACCGCCCCGUUGAUUAUCUGUCCUGUUGAGGGAAGGGUCAGGGAGGUACAGAACAUUUCCAUCGAGAUGGAUGUGUGAUGUGUCAUUUGAAAGGAUGAUAUUUGAGUUAUUUUUUUAGAUUAUGAAAAUGUUUUAACCUAUUUUGGUUUAAACACAUUUAUUGCACUGUAACAGUUGACCAACACUGGCCUGCAACAGGCUGAAAUUCAUGAGUUACAGUUUUUUAUUCAUGAUGCACACCCUUUUACUGCCUCAAAGACACAAUUGAUUUUGUAUUCUCAACCUUUAGGGCAAUUAAUUUGUCAAUUUGAACAUAUUAUAUUAUACACAUUAGUUGUAUAAUAUAAGUAUAUUAUUAUGUUUCAUUUAUUUUGACUUUAUAUUAUUAUUUUGCAAUUUGUUUAAGCUGCACCACAACAUUAAUAGACUUGUAAUUUUCUGCUACCUAUUACACACACAGACAUUUGGCUUCACGUGCCAUGUUAGUUGUUAAUGACUAAUAGAGGAGUUUGUACAUUUAUUUACAUGUUGUUUUAGCAGAUAGUUAUUCAGCCUAUUCUGUCUUUAAUUUCUUAAAAUCUUCGGCUUUUGUUAAUUGUUAAUUUAAACACUACUGCAUGAGGUUUUAUUUAGUGUCAGAAUGUACCAGAGCCUUACCUGAACUUUAAGUAACUUAAGUAAGAGUUCAGACAAAAAUAAGAACUAAAUUGUAAUUUCACAGUUGGCAAAAAUUAAAAAUUCAUAAAUUAAAGGGCUGUCACUAUUUGUAGGGCAUGAUAUGAACUUUAAUUUUCAAGAAACUCUCAUACAAAAUGGAGUAAAUGAGAAUGAGAAUGACGGUUGAUGUCGUCACCAUGUAAUGACAUUGUUUGCGCCGUGUCCUGACCUGCACCAGAUUAAUUUAUUAUGUAACACCACACCUUUGCUGUCAAACAAUUAAAAUAAUGCCAGUAACAGCAGUAAGUCAA